CCAUCCCAGAUCGUCACCAUGACAACUUCACCGUGGACCUGGCGUUUACUACGCUACAGAAAUGAGUAUUUAGCAUCACUAUCCGCAACUCUUUGUAUCUUCAUGGUCGUGUGUACCAGCGCAUGGUCCUCACCGGCCCUGCCAAAACUACUGACGGAGCCAAACCCUCCGGUAUCGAUUACGGCUAAUGCUGGUUCCUGGAUCGUGUCGAUACAAGCUAUCGGCGGUAUCUUCGGUAUGAUUCUGGCAGGGCUCACCGUCGACCGACUAGGUCGCAAGUGGCCAUUUAUCGCAAGCGCUCUUCCGGUGAUUGCCGGAUGGAUUAUGAUCGCAUUAGCGCGAACGUCAGUAUUUCUCUACAUCGCUCGCUUCCUGUUCGGUGUUUCGUAUGGCAUUGCGUACGGCAUUGUUCCCAUCUACAUCGGCGAGAUCACUUCCGACGGGGUACGCGGUGCAGCAGCUUCACUCAUCACGGUAAUGGCCAAGCUGGGCAUUCUCUUCGAAUACUCCAUCGGACCGUACGUUAGCUACGAAGUACUUGCUUGGCUUUCAAUGCUUGGCCCAGUUCUGUUUCUCAGCACCUUUGUAUGGAUGCCAGAAUCACCACAUUAUCUUCUCGGUAAGGGAUGCACCGACCAAGCACGCGAAAGCCUGCAAUGGUUUCGAAGGAACUCGGCCGUUGCGGAGGAACUACACCGUACGCAAAAAUCCAUCGAACGAACGGCUAGCGAGCGUGGUUCGAUGAGGGAACUGUUUCAACCGACUUAUCGGAACAAUCUCAUCAUCGUGCUGGUACUUGCCGUCGGUGUGCAGAUGUCCGGAAUGCAGGCCAUUCUCAGCUACGCACAGACUAUUUUCUCCCAAAUUUCCAGCGAUCUCACCGAUGCCGAAAUGUCCAUCGUGCUCGGUGCAGUCCAAAUGGUAUCCGUGCUGUUUCCGGUUUUUCUGGUCGAUCGGCUCGGUCGCCGUCCAUUGCUGCUUUGGUCCGUUGCCGGUAGCUUUCUCGGACUGCUGCUUGGUGCCGUCUACUUUACGCUGGACGCGGCGGAAGUGGAUGUCGUACGCUUCGGGUGGGUUUCGUUCGUCGGACUUUUGCUGUUCGUCGUAUCCUACGCCUUCGGUCUGGCGACCAUUCCAUUUGCGAUCCUGAGUGAAAUAUUUCCCAAAAACAUCCGUGCCUACGCGAAUGCACUGUUUGGCAUUCUGAGCGGUGGCCUCAUCUUUGCCGUGGUGAAGUUGUUCCAGGUCGCGCUUGACAAUGUUGGGGCGUAUCUACCGUUCUGGGUGUUUACUAUCAGCACUGGGCUUACUUUUUUGUUCGUGUUUCUGUACAUUCCCGAAACCAAGGGACGCAGUUUGGAUGAGGUGCAGGAAAUUAUUGCCGGUUGGCGAAAGAAGCGACAAUCCAAAGUGAUUUUAGGAGUGCUUUGA